UGAAGCUCUCAGGCCCAAGAUCCACGUGACAUCCAGGUACCUCCGGUAAAGUGCCGGGUCAACCCGUUCCGUUAAAACCUCAAUUCGACCUUGAAAGCUCAGCAACGUCACUAACAGCCACCCCACGCCCAUCCCCUCAUUCACAAUGGCGUCGCGUCUGGCCAGAACUGCUGUCGGGGCUGCCCGCCUCCGGCCCAGCGUCGUCCCCCGCGUCCUUCCCGCGCUGAGCACCGUUGCCAGCCCCCGCUACUCGUCCGGUGUCCCCUCCGAGGACCCCAAGACCAAGGCCCAGUCCAUCAUCGACUCCCUUCCCGGCAGCAACCUCAUGUCCAAGACCGCCAUCCUCUCCUCCGCCGCCGGUCUUUCCAUCUACGCCCUCUCCAACGAGUACUAUGUCGUGAACGAGGAGACCGUCGUCGCCUUCUGCUUGCUCUCCGUCUGGGGUGGUCUCAUCAAGUUCGGUGGUCCCCUCUACAAGAAGUGGGCUGAUGAGCAGAGCGACAAGAUCAAGAACAUCUUGAACUCUGCCCGCGCCGACCACACUCAGGCCGUCAAGACCCGCAUCGGCGACGUUAAGCAGAUGUCUGGUGUUAUCGACAUUACCAAGACCCUCUUCGCCGUUUCCAAGGAAACCGCCAAGCUUGAGGCUGAGGCCUAUGAGCUCGAGCAGCGCACCGCUCUCGCCGCUGAGGCCAAGACUGUCCUCGACUCCUGGGUUCGCUACGAGUCGCAGGUCAAGCAGCGCCAGCAGAAGGAGCUCGCCCAGACUGUUAUCGCCAAGGUUCAGAAGGAGCUCGAGAACCCCAAGGUCCUCAAGCAGAUCCUCGAGCAGUCCGUUGCUGACGUUGAGAAGAUCGUCUCCAAGGCUUAAAUAAACUAUUUUCGUCCGACUUGCAAGCGAGGCCCCAUUUGUAUCAGUGUCCGUCCAGACCGUGUGAAAUAGGCAAUACAACUUCUUCGUCUCUACCGGCCUUAUUCGACCUUGACGCCUUUAUGCUAUUAUCGAUUGCCCUCGAGCGGCCUUACAGAUAUUCUUACAGAUUUCCUGUUUCCAGGCUGUGGGGCCUCAUGUUGCAUGAAGUUUUGGCUCUGAAAGCUGGGAGUAUGGCAGUCAGUAAACUGGGCAAGUUGGGACUUGAAGGAAUGGUGAUAAAUUGCCUGAGUCUCGGAUAUGUAAACAUGUCGGGUCUUUGACUGUGUCCACCAUCAAUGGUUCUGCUCAACCCUGGUUCUGUCCAAAAUGUGUCAGGCGGUCCCAACUCGGAUUUCUAAACCAGUCACCCAUGAGGAAUGACCCGGUCUUGCUGUCAACUUAUGUGGAAGGGGUAACGGUUGAAGAUGAGGUGGGUUGUGUAAGUCAUUUCGUACAAGCUUGUACCUCCAUUACCCUAGACAUAGCUCGAGGUACAAGUGAUAUGCGAACACUUCGACACGAUAAAACCCUGGUAUAUCUCGGGUAGUUGGAGUAUCGCAAUUAUUAUAGAGCGUCGCUUGUCUUUAUUUUUCUUCGUGUUGGAGAGAAGCGUUGUAAGCUUCCGCAGAUCAGCUCACACAAGAACGCGGAACAUCCUCUAACUUUUGAGUUCUUAUAUAUGCUUUAC